AUGAGCAAUACUUCCGCCAAUAUUAUUCAGCCCAAAUUCAAAGGUCGUGUACAAAGGACUUCAUAUAAAGCAUCCAAAAAACUUGCCAUUAUUAAUGAAGCUAAAAAGUUUGGCAUUUUGACUGCAGCGCAUUGUACUGGAAAAAUUUCAGCCUAUCCAGCUACUGAGGAAGAACUUCUUAAAUGGAUCAAUGAGCUUCGUCUUGUUAGAAUUGCCGUGAUGGCAGGUGCUAUCAAAUUAUAA